GUCCUGGCGACAUCGUGCGAAUAUCGACAUGCAACAUUGACCUAAGCGUUGACGACGACAAAUACCAUAUAUCCAAAUAUUUAUUUUUGUUUUCCCGAUUCACACACUCCUUCGGACAGCCAUCGCCGCCACCACCAUGUGGCUCCCAUCAGUGCCCGCCUCAGCCGUCGCGCUGCUGGCGUGGUCCUCCCUCGUCGGCAAUGCCGCCGCCCAGGUCUCGACCGACUGCUUCCCCAUGAACAAGACAUGUCCGCCCAAUCCCGCCUUCGGCAUGGAGGCCAACUUCAACUUCAACAGCACACCAAACAUCGAUAUCUGGGAGACAACAGUCCGCCCUGUGACCUACGAUUCCGACAACGGAGCCGGCUUCCGGAUCACCAAUAUGGGUGACUCGCCAACCAUCCGUUCCAAGUUCUACUACUUCUGGGGCCGCACCGAGGUCCACCUAAAGGCCUCCAAGGGCACCGGCGUCAUCAGCUCCAUCAUGAUGUUGAGCGACAACCUGGACGAGAUCGACUGGGAGUUCUUUGGCGGCAACGAGACCAUCGCGCAGAGCAACUACUUUGGUAAGGGUUUCAUGCCCGAUGUGCCCAACGCCGAGUACCACCAGGUGGCCGCCAACGUGCAGGAGGACUUCCACAACUACACCACCAUCUGGACCAAGGACUUCCUGGACUUUUACAUUGACGGAGGCAAGGUCCGCCGCCUCGUGCCUGACGACGCCAACAACACGUACUACUACCCGCAGACCCCGAUGCGCCUGUCCAUCGGCAUCUGGGCCGGUGGCGACCCGAGGAUGCCCAAGGGCACGCGCGAGUGGGCCGGCGGCGACACCGACUACAGCCAGGGGCCCUUCGACAUGUUCGUCAAGAGCGCCUACGUCGAGGACUACAGCAGCGGGAAGGAGUACGAGUACACGGACAAGACGGGCUCGUGGGAGAGCAUCAAGGUCAUUGAGGGCAACUCGACCGUCAAGGAGGUGAUGAACGCGCCACCCGAGAAAUCACUCUCCGAAAAGUGGAACGACCUGCCCAACGGCAGCAAGAUCGCCAUCUACGCCAGCGUGGCGGGCUUCUUCGGCCUGCUCCUCUGCACGGGGCUCUUCUACUGCAUCCGGCAGCGGCGGCGCGGCGCGCGCGAGGCCAAGGCGGCCGAGGCCCGCGCCGAGGCCGAGCGCCUCGAGCUCGAGCGCUUCCGCAAGGCCGGCGUCGACCCGGACAGCUUCGCCUCGCAGGCCCACGAGUACAACGCCAAGGAGAUGCGCCGCGACGGCUUCACCGACGAGGACGGCUACAGCGUCCCCGGCACCCCCAACCUCCACGCCACCACCCCGGCCUCCCCGCUCGACCACCGCUGGGAUUCCGCCGCCGCUUCCGCCCUGGGCGUGACCGCAGCCGGGGGCGCCGCCGCCGCCGGUGCCGCUGCGGGCAACAACGGCCCCCACAGCCCCAUCCCGCGCCUCGGCGACCGUGCCCAGUCGCCCCGCAUCGCCAGCCCGGGGCCCGGCAGCCCGGGUAGCCUGCGCAGCCCGACCCAGCCGAACCGCAGCUACACCAGCCCGCGCAUGGGCUCGCCGGGGCCCGGGUACCAGCAGCUGGAGCAGCCGCAGCGGAGUUUCACCACCGACGGUGGCUAUGGUGGUGACGGUGCUGCGUAUGAGCAGGACCCGUACGGGAACGGGGGGCAGGGCGCGAGGGGGAAUGAUGCGUACUGGGGCAGCGGGAACGGGAACGGUAGUGGGGGGUAUAAUAGGUAG